UGAUCUGAGUCUCGGUGGACAAAUUGUGGCGCGGAGUCGUAACAAUACCACACGCUCUACCAGCGACUUAUUGCGAAGAGAUGGAGGUAGACACAGUUUACGACUCAAUAGGGCUUACUCUAGCACUGAUCCAGUGUCUACUUUGGGAACUGAUAUACGCAAGACUGAUAUAAAAUCAAUCAAAGCCAGGUUAAAAAACUCAACUUAUGGGACGACAGGCUUGUCUGUGACUGGGGUGAGUAGUUCUAGUAGGAGCAGCACCAACAAUCAGACCAGUAAUAGUCGCACCAACUCACCCAAGUCAGCAGAGAAAGAAGCUUGGAGGCGCAGGAAGGAAUAUGACCCUAGAAAGUCAGUUGCAACUGCUGCUAAGGCAAAAUCACAAGGCAAAAAAUCUAAAGGCGAUGAAAUACGGAUUCUUGCAUCUAAAAAUUCCAAAAUGACCCGUUCUGCUUCAUUUACUAACACAGCUGAACUGAGGAGAUAUAGGAGAGAUAACUCAUCAUUGUCAAGUACCGAUGAAAUUAGCACUUGUACAAACAGUGAGGUUGACCAUUCAUUUGUGGACCCAAGUUCCCAACGCGGAUUUAUUCCCUACUCCGGGAGGUCACAGUCAAGUCGUCUUUACCAGAGCUCUGAGGAUGAGGAGAUGAACAUGAUGGUGAAGUCUUCACAGGACCUGAGUCGGUGUUUGCUGGGCAGUGUGCCGUACAUGUCGGCCUUCACCCCACCACCCCCUAAACUGAUGUCUCCCUCCUCCUCACCGUCACCCCUACCUCUGUCCCUAUUUAAACCCCGCCCAUACAAUCACACAGCCCCUUCCAGGAAAUACUCUGAACCCACACUACCUGUCGUCCAGGUUGGUUGCCCUACUUUUUAUGUUAGUCCGUGGCAAUGCCUACUAACCCCUGUUGUUACCAGCUGCCUAACUCUGGACCCCAUAGCCCCUCUCUGGUUUAAGGUGACCACACUUCCUGCUUGCAUUCUGUUCUUCUGAUGAUAUACAUUAUUGUUAUCCUGCAUGCUAUCUAAUAUCAUUGUUAUUAUCAUCUGUCCAACUCAGCUUACAGCUUGUCGCCACCAUUGUAUGCUAUUUUAUCCCAAGAGAAAAACUGACUUCAUAAUCACUUGUAUUUAGGAGUUUGAAACGUUGAGUGUAAAAUUCUGUUUAACAAUCUGAUUGGUCACACUGGCUGUUGUGUUCUGAUUGACCAAACAUUCUGACAUCCUGAUUGGCUAGACCAGCUGAGCUUUGAUUAUGACAUCAUACAUUAUAAUAUUGUGUAUAACAAAUUUAGUGAUGUCAGCAAAAACAGAAGUAGAAACUCUAAUUCUGAAUGAAAAUCAAGCAUAAUCUACUAAGUUAUGAUAAACAGAAUCUUACACUCUUGUACAUCUAAUACAAAUGUACAAAGUUAAUAAGUUGAUUGAAUCAUGACAAAUACCAACUUUCAUACUCCCUAUUCAGCUUGUGUGACUCCAGACGAGCACCCCUUUAAGAUAAUAUUGUAUUAUGAUAUCUUUCUCCUGCAUCAUGUUUCCCUUACAGUUCUAACAUACUAACGUCUUGGUGGUCUAAUGAUGAUAAUGAUCUGAGGUUGAAUUGGUUGUCUCCCCUGAAUGUUGGUUACGCUAUUUUGCAGGUGAAUGCUUGUCACAAUGUUUGGGUGAAGGAUGGUUACAAUGAAUGUUGAGCUCAUGAUUUUCAAUUUAGUCCCGUUAUCCUUGGCUGUUCUGGGAGGAAAUGUACCGGGUUUAUCGCCAUUCAUGUGCCAUUGCAUUUUGAGAUUCCUGGCAUGCUAAAGCUUGAACACUUGGUACCUAGUUAGAGUUUUGGUGAAUAUGGCUAUGUGGACAGGUCUUGCAUAGCUUUUGAUCUACCCCCAAAUUAUUUUUGAUUGUAAAGCAGCAUUUAUAAAAUAUCACUUCAUGUACUUUUAUAUAUUUUCUUGAUCAUUUGAAGCUUUUGUCUCAUCUAAAUAUUCUUGAUCAUUCCUUUUAUGCUGUCAGACGGGUUAUUAAUAAAUUUUGCGGUACAUCUUUACAUUCGUGUAGAGAAAUAGUAUGUAUAGAGAGAACUUACUUCCUGUCCUUUGCUAUUACUCAAGUGGACCUCAUUAGCUCACUCUCGUUCACAGUUUCCUCUUAUAUUGAUAUAUAUUUCUGCAUUUAUUUCCUGUAGUCAGUUGCAAAAUAGCAUAUGGACUACAACUUUCCAUCAAAUCCGGCCACAUUGCUAGAAGCCUUACUCCUCCCAUCUACAACCAAAAUUUCCUUAAUUAUAAAAGUAUAUCAAGUUUGGGAAAAAUAUAUGAACUUCACAAGCUCUGCUUUUGUAGAAAAUAGUACAGUUUGGCAGUUGUAACCUCGCUUUUAGACAUAUACAAAUAUAUUUUAUGAAAAGCAGACGAACAGAAGAUGUGACAGACUAAUGAAUCAUAAUACAUAAUUUUAUAUACAUAGUACUGUAUUAUAUUACAUUAUAUAAAACAGGUAAAAAUAACAGGCCAGCUUUAGCUUCUGUAGGAAUAAUGUAAUGUCAUCUUCAGUUGUUAACUCACCUAAUUCUACAUUUACAAGAAAGUUUAAAUGCAGUAUCAACAAUAUUGUCCCUGGAAUCCUUGUGUGAAACUAUGUGCAAUGUUUUACCAGUACACAUUCCAGAAAUGACCAUGUUAUAUAGAUGUUAGUAAUUGUUACAAUAA